CCUCUUUUUAACGAUAUCUACAGUAGUUUUAGCUACAAUAAAUGAUAAAAUAACGAGAAGCGUUGAUCUCCAUCAAUCUACAAUAUCUUCUACCACUCAAUACCACAUUAGUGAUAUAAAUGACAGCACAUACAAGAUAUUACUAUCUCCAGAAGAAUAUCAUCAUUUAUCCUUUACAGAGGUUAAAUUGAAAUCAGGUGAUAGCUUAUCCUAUCGUUGGGAAGAUGACGCUACGUUGAAGAACUUCAAGAAGUUAGUCGUUGAUCUCCCAGCUAAUCACAAAGAUUUACAUUUAGUACACAAGUCCAUCUACAACAACUUGAAUGAGAACCUUCCAAAGUCAUUAUCACAGGAUGACCUUGCUUAUUCAAUAUUAUACAAAACAUACACACACGUCAUCUCACCAUACUACACUAACUCUAUGCGUAUCAAGAUUCGUACCCCAACUCAGAAGAUCUUGAAAUUUGGUAUGACGUUUGACGCUGAAAAGACCGUAAAGAAUGGUGCAACUGUUACAUACGGUCCAUGGAACAAUGUGGAGAGUUACUCUAUACCCACUUCACCUAUCGAGAUCUUAUACGAAGCGGCAGGUCCACGUUUACUUUACGAGAGCUACGAUAGACACCUUGAAUUGAGUCAUUGGGGAAACGCAGCUAGCUAUAGAGAUGACAUAGUCUUACGCAACAACGGUCCAUCACUUAAGGGUCAUUUCACCAGAUUGACACAUCAAGCCCAAACCUUCCUCGAUAUGCUUCCUACUAAUGUCGUAACUUCACUCGAGAUGAGAUUACCUGCGAAAAUCAAAGAAGCAUUCUACGUUGAUCAAAUUGGUAACGUUACAACGAGCGUUUUUAGACCUUCAACUUCUUCCUCAUCAGUUUUACAGGUAAAGCCUCGUUUCCCCCUACUUGGUGGAUGGAAAUACUCAUUCAGUGUUGGCUUCGAGACUCUCCUCCGUAACGUUGCCACUUUACGCAAUAAUGGUGAUACCAAAGUUACCGUUCCUUUCAGUAACAUUCCAGGAGAUGUUGCUGUAGAAAAAGCUGAAACUCGCAUUAUUUUACCGGAAGGUGCGAACAUCAUCGAUGUCAUUCUUCCUUUCAAAGAAGUUGAACUUGAUUAUGAAACUACCUAUACCUACCUCGACACGAUUGGAAGACCAACUGUUGUUAUCAAGAAAUUAAACGCAUCAGACGCACACAAUCAGGAUGUCGUCGUUAUUUACAAUCUCAGUUUGCUCAAUGCUAUUAGAAAACCAGUCACCGUUGGUCUUACUGUUUUCCUUGUAUUCCUUGCCUUCUCAUUGUUGAGACGGAUCAAUACGAAAAUAUAAAAAAGGAAAUAAAUAAAAACUAUCUUCUACAUCACUCUAU